AUGACUACUUGUCCACAACAUGCUGAUAGAUCUAACAUGGGUUUUACUAAUGAUACUCGUGUUAUAUCAGUCUUAAAUCUUUCACCUAAACGUGAUCAAAAAAUAUUUCGUACAGGAUUUAUUCAUUCUGCAACUAUCUUAUUUGUGAUAGUAUGUGGAGCGUGUGCUCUCAUUGUCUAUCGCAUAUUAGAACCAUUUCUACAGAGUAUUUUAUGGUCUAUACUUGCCGGUGCAUUUUUAUUUCCAUUUAAAAAUCGUUUUACUUCAAUAGCUCGAUACCAUUUACGCGAAUUUGAUACAAAGUCAUAUUUAUUAUUUUAUGGUUUAAUUAUUAUUUUACCAAUACAAAUAUUUGACAAAACUAUUGAAUAUAUUGUUCCUUUAUGUAUUCGAAAAUGGAAACAAUUAAUAUUAAUUAUUAUUUUUUUACCUUCUAUUGAAUUUCUUCAAUCCGGUGUUAUUUAUCAUUAUAUAACAACAAUAGGAUAUGAUUAUUUUGUUAUAUUUGAAAGACAUAUUCAUCUUUUUGAUUCAUCAUGGAUGACAUCACUUGUUAUUAUUUAUAUAUUUGCUGUUUUAAGUCUUUAUAAUAGUUCAUCACUAAUAAAAUAUAUACUCAAUAUAUUUUCGAUACCUAUUUGGUUUAUUUUAUUUAUUUAUCUUUCACAAUUUCUUCCAAUUAAUUAUCGAUUGAUCGUUGUUACUCUUGUAGUAAUUCUAAUAGUUGUCGGUUUUGUUGUUGAACAAAAUUUUACUGGUAAGUUUUCGAAAAAUCAAACGAGCUUCUACUUUUGAGAAGUUUAGGAUUAGUAAGAGUUCAUUUUUUUCCCGAGCAGCACAUAAGGAGAAUUGAAAGAUUACAUUUUGAACCAUAAUAAAGAGAUUUCACUGAUAUCUAGUCUAAUUUUCUAGGUUGUUAUGUUCUAUUAGCAUAUAUUUUAAUGUUUAUUUCGAAUUUAUACUCGUAGACAUAAUUUUCGUAUUGUGAAGACAUGUGAAGAUCUACAAAAUUGCUUUUUUUCUAGUCUUGAUUUCUGUAAAAGUUUUAUGUUGAUUCUUAUAGGGAGACGCUUUCGUUCGUAAAAUCAAGAAACCUUUUUCUUUCAGUUUUGUAUUUUUUUUUUUGAGUAUACAUAACCUAAAAAAUUCUUGAAUGACGUACAAGAAUUUAUAUAAAUGAAUCUGGAAUUAAUUCUACUUCAAGAUUCAAUCGGAAUGUCGUGAAACUUCGAAUCUGCAAGGCUGUGACUAUUAUUUUUAUAACUAGCCUCCAAGCAAUUUUUUUCUGGAAGAGAAAAUCUAAAUUUUAUAUUUAGUUUUCUAUUCUCAGCAAUUAUCAAAGUUGUCAUCCUAAUAUCGACCAGUUCAAUAAUAAAACUUAAGAGUUUAUCCUAAAAAUAAUAAUAACAAAAGAAAAGAAUGCUUAAACUAUUGUCUGUCCAAUAAAAAGAUGGCCGUUAGUAUUUUUGUAAUAACUUUCGAUAGGAACAAAAUAGAGACCUGGGGUUUUCACCGUUCGACAGAGGACAGAGAGGGACAUGGAGAUAAAGACAAUUAAUCUGUCCUUUAAGAUUCAAGUUCAGACUUAAUGGCUCAGAACAAUUUUCUAAAAAUAUCAGCAUCGUUUUACUGAAAAUAUC